AUGUGGCGUCCACCAAUAAAUCGUUUGGGUUAUCAAAGAGUGGAUGAUAAGCCUGAACCUACUAUUCGUUUUGCAUCAACUUCAGGGUUUAUGGGUUCAGUGCCACCACCUCCUUCGUUAACAACAUCAAAUGUAGCAGCUUUAGCAACAACUUCACGAGAGAUGGACAAGAAAAAAGAAGAAGAAUACGAUGCUCUGAUGUCAAGCUGUGGUGCGAAUGCAAAUGCCAAGAGUGGACCUCGUAAGAAGCGAAUCUACGAUGACGAGUAUUUGGAGAAAGAUUCGGAUGAAGAACUUGAUUAUCAACCAGCUCCCAACUCUCCAAGUGGAAAUGUAAUAAUACAAGAUGAUGGUGAAGAAGAUCCAUUAGAUGCAUUCAUGGCUGAUGUCGAUAAACAAGCUAAUGCUGAUAAAGCCGCCAGUGAAAUGAAGGAUAAAGAACGAACUAUGCAAAUCGAAAAAGGAUUAAGUGUUGAUGAAAAAAAAAUCAAGGGAUUGGGACGAGCGGAUAUAGAGGAACAAGAUAUGCAAGAAUCAUUUUUCAAUUACAUGGAAGAGCAUAAAAUAAGCUCAAAUGAAGAUGAAAAUGAAUAUGAAUAUGAUGAAGAUGGCAAUAUCAUAUGGAGUUGGAAAAAAAUUAUUGACCCAUUAUCUCCUGUCGAUCAUUCAUCUAUUAGCUAUCCAACAUUUAAUAAAGACUUUUAUGCCGAACAUGAACAAAUAAAGUCUUUGAGUUCAUUAAAGGUAUUUGAAUUAAGAAAUCGGUUGAAUCUGAAAGUGGCUGGAUUUAAUGUACCAAAGCCUGUAACUUCUUUUGCUCAUUUUGGCUUUGAUGAACUACUUAUGAAUGCUAUUCGAAAGUCUGAAUAUGAGCAUCCAACGGCAAUUCAAGCUCAGGCGAUUCCUGCAUGCUUAUCUGGUCGUGAUGUUUUGGGAAUAGCGAAAACUGGUAGUGGUAAAACCGUAACAUAUUUAUGGCCUGCUAUUAUCCAUAUAAUGGACCAACCUGAUUUACAAGAUGGUGACGGGCCUAUUGCACUCAUUGUCGUUCCAACUCGUGAACUAGCCCUUCAGGUUUACCAAGAAUCGAAACGUUUUUGUAAAGUUUAUAAUAUUACAUCAGUGUGUGCCUAUGGUGGAGGGAAUAAAUGGGAACAGCAAAAUGCACUUAAAGAAGGAGCCGAACUUGUGAUAGCUACUCCAGGUCGAAUUAUUGAUUUAGUGAAAAUCGACGCUACAAAUUUUAGACGUGUAACGUUUUUGGUUUUCGAUGAAGCGGAUCGAAUGUUUGAUAUGGGUUUCGAGACUCAGGUCAAAUCGAUUUCCGAUCAUAUUCGUCCUGACCGUCAAUGUUUGAUGUUUAGUGCAACUUUUAAGACGAAAGUUGAACGUCUAGCACGAGAGGCUUUACGCGAUCCUGUGCGAAUUGUCGAAGGUGAAAUUGGAGAGGCUAAUACAGAUGUAAUUCAAACAAUUGAGAUUUUGCCAAACGUUGAGGCGAAAUGGGCAUGGCUUUUAAAACGACUGGUCGAAUUUUGCUCAAAAGGUAAAGUACUAAUUUUUGUGACGAGAAAACAGAAUGCUGAAGAAGUUGCUCAGCGCCUUCGAGUUAAGGAUUAUGUUUUAGUCUUGCUUCAUGGUGAUAUGCUGCAAGCCGAAAGAAAUGAAAAGUUAUAUCGAUUUCGAAAAGAUAUUCCAAUUAUGGUUGCCACUGAUGUUGCGGCUAGAGGGCUUGACAUACCAGAAAUUCGCACAGUUAUCAAUUAUGAUUUAGCUAGAGAUAUUGAUACGCAUGUUCAUCGAAUUGGUAGAACUGGUAGGGCAGGUGAGAAAGGUUGGGCAUAUACGCUUAUUACAAGUAAUGAUGUUGAGAUGGCAGGUCAUUUAGUGCAAAAUUUGGAAUCUGUCAAUCAGCCUGUACCUGAAGCGUUGAUGAAGUUGGCCAUGAAAUCACUGUGGUUUAGAAAUGCCAGAGAAAACGAACAUGGAGGAGCUAAAGUUAGGCAGAGACUUGGUUUAGGAUAUAAACCGAAAGUUAAAACUGGUGUUAGCCAAACAGGUGCUACAAACCGAGCAUUAUCGUUUGAGAUCGAUAAAAGUAAAACAAAAAGUGUAUUAGAUGCAGCGAAAGUGAGCGAUGGAUCAACAAAUCGUUUUCAGGCUGUUAAAGCUGCAUAUAAAUCAUCAUUUCAAUCAACAUUCCGUGCAUCCUCCAAUGAUGAAUGGGCUCAAAGUCGCACACCAGCAACAGAUCCAAGACCUGAAUGGAAGCGGAAAUUGGAUGAGGCAGCGGCUGCAUUUUUAUGUUUUGGAUUAGCUCGCUUUAACCAGCUUUAUUAUUUAGGUGAAAAACAUGGUGACAAAUAUGAUAGCAUAUCGUUUGGCAGUAAAAAACGAUCUCGCUGGCAAUAA